AUUCACCAUUUUGUGUGUUGGAGUAAAAAAAAAGGGAGAAACGAGAGGGAGAGCCGGAGGGGGGCGGGGAGGGACCGGACCGGACCGAGCCGGGGCCACGGCCCCCCGCCCCGUAACCCCGCUGAGCCCGAGGUGGACGAAAGAUGAAACCAAUGAAGAAGGCGUGCGCCGGCCUCCCAGGUUCUGGCAGCGGUGGCAGGUCCCCACCAGCCACCAGGGCCAAGGCCCUGAGGCGGCGAGGGGCUGGGGAGGGUGACAAGCCAGAGGAGGAGGAUGAUGAGGCGCAGCAGCAGCAGCCGCCGGGGCCAGAAGAGGCUGAGGAGGGUGAGGAGGAGGAGGCCGAGCGGGGCACUGGGGCUGAAGGGCUGCCCCCAGAGCUGCACCCCGACGACCCGGCCCCAGGCCCGGCCGAGGAACCCAAGGGGGAGGGGGAGGCAGGCCGCUGGGAGCCCUCACUCAGCCGAAAGACGGCCACGUUCAAGUCAAGAGCGCCCAAGAAGAAGUAUGUGGAGGAGCAUGGGGCUGGUAGUGGCAGCAGUGGGGCGGCUGGUGCCCCUGAAGAGCGGGCACGGACCCCCGAGGAGGCGGGCACCCCGGGGGUGCCUCCACAGCCACCCACCUCUGCCCGCUCCUCCUCCACCGACACAGCCAGCGAGCACUCGGCCGACCUGGAAGAUGAGCCGGCCGAAGCUGGUGGUUUAGGCCCCUGGCCCCCUGGCAGCACCAGCGGUGGCUAUGACCUGCGGCAGCUGCGGUCCCAGCGGGUGCUGGCUCGGCGUGGGGACGGUCUCUUCCUGCCGGCUGUGGUGCGCCAGGUGCGCCGAAGCCAGGACCUGGGUGUGCAAUUCCCUGGGGACCGGGCCCUGACUUUCUACGAGGGGGCACCUGGCAGUGGUGUGGAUGUGGUUUUGGAUGCCACGCCACCGCCGGCUGCGCUGGUGGUGGGCACAGCGGUCUGUACCUGUGUGGAGCCCGGUGUGGCUGCCUACCGUGCGGGGGUGGUGGUGGAGGUGGCCGCCAAGCCAGCUGCCUACAAGGUCCGCUUCAGCCCUGGCCCCAACUCCCAGCCGGGCCCGGCGGCCACCCCGCCGCAGCCGCCGCAGCGUGAGCCCGAGGACGCGGUGUGGGUGGCCCGCUCCAGCCUGCGCCUGCUGCGGCCCCCGUGGGAGCCCGAAGCCCUGCCGAGGAAGCCCCCGGCGGGUCCCGAGGAGGGGCAGGGCGAGCCGGGGGCCGCCCUUCCCCCCUGCCCGGCUGCCCUGGACCUCAAGCAGCCCGAGGAUGCCGAGGUCUCCAAGAUCAGCUUUGGUGGCCACCUGGGGGCUUGCGAGGAGGGUGAGGAGAAGCACCCGCCAGCCCUGGGCACCCCGGCCCUGCUCCCACUGCCCCCGCCCCAGCUCCUGUCACCGCCACCCAAGUCCCCAGCCUUCGCCGGCCCAGGCCGCCCUGGCGAGCAGCCCUCGCCCUGCCAGGAGGGGAGCCAGGGCGGCAGCCGCAGCAGCAGUGUGGCCUCCCUGGAGAAGGGGGCUGCACCGGCCGCCCGGGCCCGCACGCCACUGACAGCGGCCCAGCAGAAAUACAAGAAGGGCGACGUGGUCUGCACACCCAAUGGAAUUCGAAAGAAAUUCAACGGCAAGCAGUGGCGACGGCUGUGCUCCAGAGAUGGCUGCAUGAAGGAGUCCCAGCGGCGGGGCUACUGCUCCCGCCACCUGUCCAUGCGCACCAAGGAGAUGGAGGGCCUGGCGGACAGCGGCCCAGGUGGGGCUGGGCGGCCAGCUGGUGUGGCGGCCCGUGAGGGCAGCACCGAGUUCGACUGGGGUGAUGAGACGUCUCGGGACAGUGAGGCCAGCAGCGUGGCAGCCCGGGGAGACUCACGCCCACGCCUGGUGGCCCCUGCUGACCUGUCACGCUUUGAGUUCGAUGAGUGUGAAGCAGCUGUGAUGCUGGUGUCACUGGGCAGCUCUCGCUCGGGCACACCCUCCUUCUCCCCCGUCUCUACGCAGUCACCUUUCUCGCCAGCCCCGUCACCCUCACCCUCACCACUCUUCGGCUUCCGCCCUGCCAACUUCAGCCCCAUCAAUGCCUCGCCAGUCAUCCAACGCACUGCUGUUCGCAGUCGCCACCUGAGCGCCAGCACCCCUAAGGCCGGCGUGCUGACGCCACCGGACCUGGGCCCUCACCCACCCCCACCUGCCCCCCGAGAGCGCCAUUCCUCUGGCAUCCUACCCACCUUCCAGACCAACCUGACCUUUACUGUGCCCAUCAGCCCUGGGCGACGGAAGACAGAGCUGCUGCCCCACCCAGGGGCGUUGGGGGCCCCUGGUGCAGCAGGCGGAGGAGCCGCCCCAGACUUCCCCAAGAGCGACAGCUUAGACUCUGGUGUGGAUUCGGUGUCGCACACACCUACACCCUCCACACCGGCUGGCUUCCGUGCUGUGUCGCCCGCCGUGCCCUUCUCCCGCUCCCGCCAGCCCUCGCCGUUGCUGCUGUUGCCCCCACCUGCCGGCCUCACCUCGGAUCCUGGGCCUUCCGUGCGCAGGGUGCCUGCCGUGCAGCGGGACUCACCCGUCAUCGUCCGCAACCCCGACGUGCCGCUGCCCUCCAAAUUCCCUGGGGAGGUGGGCACUGGCAGUGAGGCACGGGCUGGGGGACCUGGGCGGGGCUGCCGAGAGACUCCGGUGCCGCCCGGGAUGGCCAGUGGGAAGCCUGGCCUGCCUCUACCUCUGCCGGCCCCCGUGCCCAUCACUGUGCCUCCAGCUGCGCCGACGGCCGUGGCCCAGCCGAUGCCCACCUUUGGCCUGGCUUCCUCGCCCUUCCAGCCGGUGGCCUUCCACCCCUCACCUGCUGCCCUGUUGCCUGUCCUGGUGCCCAGCAGCUAUACCAGCCAUCCUGCCCCCAAAAAGGAAGUCAUCAUGGGCCGGCCUGGGACAGUGUGGACGAACGUGGAACCUCGCUCUGUGGCCGUGUUCCCCUGGCAUUCCUUAGUCCCCUUCCUGGCCCCCAGCCAGCCUGACCCCUCCGUGCAGCCAAGUGAGGCCCAGCAACCUGCUAGCCACCUAGUGGCCUCCAACCAGAGCAAAGAACCUGCUGAGUCGGCAGCUGUUGCUCACGAGCAGCCAGCAGGCGGGACGGGGAAUGCUGACCCUGGGCGGCCCCCUGGAGCUACGUGCCCUGAGAGCCCAGGACCCGGACCCCCCCACUCUUUGGGGGGGGUGGAACCUGGAAAGGGGCCCCUUCCCACGACGGAGGAGGAGGCCCCUGGUCCUCCAGGAGAGCCCCGGCUGGACAGUGAGACAGAGAGUGACCACGACGAUGCCUUCCUCUCCAUCAUGUCUCCUGAGAUCCAGUUGCCUCUGCCGCCUGGGAAACGCCGGACGCAGUCCCUCAGUGCCCUGCCCAAGGAACGAGACUCCUCUUCAGAGAAGGAUGGACGCAGCCCCAACAAGAGGGAGAAGGACCAUAUCCGGCGGCCCAUGAACGCCUUCAUGAUCUUCAGCAAGCGGCACCGGGCCCUGGUCCACCAGCGUCACCCCAACCAGGACAACCGGACCGUCAGUAAGAUCCUGGGCGAGUGGUGGUACGCUCUGGGGCCCAAGGAGAAGCAGAAGUACCACGACCUGGCCUUCCAGGUGAAAGAGGCCCACUUUAAGGCCCACCCAGAUUGGAAGUGGUGCAACAAGGACCGGAAGAAGUCCAGCUCAGAGGCCAAGCCUACAAGCCUGGGGCUGGCGGGAGGGCACAAGGAGCCAAGGGAGCGGAGCAUGUCGGAGACGGGCACCGCCGCCGCCCCGGGAGUGUCCUCGGAGCUCCUGUCCGUCACAGCCCAGACGCUCUUGAGCUCGGACGCCAAGGCCCCGGGGAGCAGUUCCUGUGGAGCAGAACGUCUGCACACAGUCGGCGGACCUGGCUCAGCCCGGCCCCGAGCCUUCUCCCACAGCGGGGUCCACAGCCUGGAUGGCGGGGAAGUAGACAGCCAGGCACUACAGGAACUGACUCAGGUCUGGAGCACAGGCCACGGGGGUAGGGCCGAUGUGCAGGGAGGGCUGCCCACGGUGACAGCACUUCUCCCGCAGAUGGUGUCCGGCCCUGCGUCCUACUCUGGCCCAAAGCCUUCCACCCAGUAUGGGGCUCCAGGCCCCUUUGCGGCCCCCGGUGAGGGAGGCGCUCUGGCAGCCAGUGGGCGGCCCCCACUGCUGCCCACCCGGGCCUCCCGUGCCCAGCGUGCAGCCAGUGAGGACAUGACCAGUGACGAGGAACGCAUGGUCAUCUGUGAGGAGGAAGGGGAUGAUGAUGUCAUUGCUGAUGAUGGCUUCAGCACCACUGACAUUGACCUCAAGUGCAAGGAGCGGGUGACCGACAGCGAGAGCGGAGACAGCUCUGGGGAGGACCCAGAGGGCAGCAAGGGAUUUGGUCGGAAGGUGUUCUCGCCUGUGAUCCGUUCCUCCUUUACUCACUGCCGUCCAUCGCUGGACCCUGAGCCCCCAGGGCCCCCAGAUCCACCUGCCGGCUUCGGCAAAAGCUACGGGCCCAUCCCAUCCUCCUCAUCCUCGCCUGCCUCCUCCUCAGCCUCCGCAGCCACCUCCUUCCCGCUGGGCUCAGGGACCUUCAAGGCCCAGGAGUCAGGUCAGGGCAGCACAACAGGUCCCCUACGGCCCCCACCCCCUGGAACUGGGGGCCCAGCAACACCUAAGGCCACCCGGUUUCUCCCCACGGAUCCUGCCACUUUCCGGCGCAAGAGACCUGAAAGCGUGGGGGGCCUGGAGCCACCAGGCCCCUCAGUCAUUGCGGCACCUCCCAGCGGGGGAGGAAGUGUUCUGCAGACACUGGUCCUGCCCUCAAACAAGGAGGAACGGGAGGGCAGCGGAGCUCGCAUGCCCUCGGCCCCAGCCCCGUCGCUGGCCUAUGGGGCCCCAGCAGCCCCCCUGUCCCGCCCGGCCGCCACCAUGGUCACCAAUGUGGUGCGGCCUGUCAGCAGCACUCCUGUGCCCAUCGCCUCUAAGCCUUUCCCCACUUCUGGCCGGGCAGAAGCGUCUCCAAAUGACACGGCUGGUGCCAGGACUGAGACAGUCGCUGGGUCCCGGGCACCUGGGGGCUCCCCACUGGGCGUCAGCUUAGUGUAUUCGGACAAGAAGUCGGGAGCAGCCACCUCAACAGCCCCACAUCUGGUGGCUGGGCCCCUACUGGGCACUGUGGGGAAGGCGCCUGCCACUGUCACCAACCUGCUGGUGGGCGCCCCAGGCUAUGGGGCCCCAGCACCCCCCGCUGUCCAGUUCAUUGCCCAGGGGGGCCCUGGCAGCGGGACGGCUGCAGGCUCAGGAGCAGGUGCUGGGAGUGGGCCCAAUGGGCCAAUGCCCCUGGGCAUCCUGCAGCCAGGUCCCCUGGGCAAGGCUGGGGGAAUCACCCAGGUGCAGUAUAUUCUGCCCACGCUGCCCCAGCAACUUCAAGUGGCGCCUGCCCCAGCACCAGCCCCUGGGACCAAGGCAGCGGCUCCCAGCGGCCCUGCACCUACCACCAGCAUCCGUUUCACCCUCCCGCCGGGCACCUCCACCAACGGCAAAGUCCUGGCUGCCACCGCACCCACUCCUGGCAUCCCCAUCCUGCAGUCCGUACCCUCCGCCCCACCCCCGAAAGCCCAGUCAGUUUCUCCUGUGCAGGCCCCGCCCCCAGGUGGCUCAGCCCAGCUGCUACCUGGGAAGGUACUAGUGCCCUUGGCCACCCCUAGCAUGUCAGUGCGGGGAGGAGGGACUGGCCAGCCGCUGCCCCUGGUGAGCCCACCCUUCUCAGUACCUGUGCAGAACGGUGCUCAGCCACCCAGCAAGAUCAUCCAGCUGACUCCGGUGCCUGUGAGCACACCCAGCGGCCUGGUGCCGCCCCUCAGCCCGGCCACGCUCCCCGGACCCGCCUCUCAGCCUCAGAAGGUUCUGCUGCCCUCCUCCACCAGGAUCACCUACGUGCAGUCAGCAGGCGGGCAUGCGCUGCCCCUGGGUACCAGUCCUGCAUCCAGUCAGGCUGGAACAGUCACCUCGUACGGACCCACGAGCUCAGUAGCCCUAGGCUUCACCUCGCUGGGGCCCAGCGGCCCCGCCUUCGUGCAGCCCCUGCUUUCAGGCCAAGCCCCGUUGCUGGCUCCGGGCCAGGUGGGCGUGUCACCCGUGCCCAGCCCCCAGCUGCCUCCCACCUGCGCAGCCCCCAGCGGUCCCGUCAUCACAGCGUUUUACCCUGGCAGCCCCGUACCCACCUCCUCAGCACCCCUGGCCCAGCCAUCCCAGGCUCCCCCAGGCCUGGUCUACACCGUGGCCACCAACACCACCCCACCUGCUGCCACCAUCCUGCCCAAGGGCCCACCGGCCCCCGCCACUGCCACCCCAGCCCCUACCAGCCCUUUUCCUAGUGCCACAGCAGGCUCCAUGACCUACAGUUUAGUGGCCCCCAAGGCCCAGCGGGCCACCCCCAAGGCCCCCCAGAAAGUGAAGGCGGCCAUCGCCAGCAUUCCCGUGGGCUCCUUUGAGGCAGGUGCCCCUGGGCGGCCAGGCCCUGCGUCCCGGCAGCCGUUGGAGCCUGGCCCAGCUCGUGAGCCCCCUGCAUCCGAGUCAGAGCUUGAGGGGCGGCCAACAACACCAGCCCCUCCACUGCCCCCAGAGACCUGGGCUCCCCAAGCCCGGAGCAGUCCCCCGCCGCCCCCACCUGCUGAGGAGCGGACCAGUGCCAAGGGCCCUGAGACCAUGGUGAGUCUGAACCCAGUGUCCUCCAUCUCCCUGCCAUCCUCACCCCAGGCCAGCAAAUUCCCCAGCUCAUCUUCAGACUGGCGUGUCCCUGGGCUGGGCCUGGAGAGCCGAGGGGAGCCUCCCACCCCUCCCAGCCCGGCCCCAGCUCCAGCCCCAGCCCCUGGUAGCAGCGGCAGCAGCAGUGAGGGCAGCAGUGGGAGGGCAGCUGGGGACACCCCCGAGCGCAAGGAGGCGGCUAGUGCCGGCAAGAAGGUCAAGGUGCGGCCCCCGCCCCUGAAGAAGACCUUUGACUCUGUGGACAACAGGGUCCUGUCGGAGGUGGACUUCGAAGAGCGCUUUGCUGAGCUGCCUGAGUUUCGGCCUGAGGAGGUGUUGCCCUCGCCCACCCUGCAGUCUCUGGCCACCUCACCCCGGGCCAUCCUGGGCUCCUACCGCAAGAAGAGGAAGAACUCCACUGACCUGGACUCAGCCCCCGAGGACCCCACCUCGCCCAAGCGUAAGAUGAGGAGACGCUCCAGUUGCAGCUCGGAGCCCAACACCCCCAAGAGUGCCAAGUGCGAGGGGGACAUCUUCACUUUUGACCGUACAGGUACAGAAGCUGAGGAUGUGCUCGGGGAGCUGGAAUACGAGAAGGUGCCGUACUCGUCGCUGCGGCGCACCCUGGACCAGCGCCGGGCCCUUGUCAUGCAGCUCUUCCAGGACCAUGGCUUCUUCCCAUCAGCCCAGGCCACGGCAGCCUUCCAGGCCCGCUACGCAGACAUCUUCCCCUCUAAGGUCUGUCUGCAGCUGAAGAUCCGUGAGGUGCGCCAGAAGAUCAUGCAGGCGGCCACUCCCACGGAGCAGCCCCCAGGAGCCGAGGCCCCCCUCCCUGGACCGCCCCCCACUGUCACUGCUGCUGCCCCUGUCCCCACUCCCAGCCCUGCUGGGGGCCCUGACCCCACCUCACCUGGCUCGGACUCUGGCACGGCCCCGGCUGCCCCGCCAUUGCCUCCGCCCCCAGAGCCGGGGCCUGGACAGCCUGGCUGGGAGGGGCCCCCCCAACCCUCACCACCCCCCUCUGGUCCCUCCACAGCUGCCACAGGCAGGUGAGGGGCUCCUGAGAAGACCCCAGACCCACAGUACUCCCCUCAGGACACGGACAGUAUGUAGGUGGCAGGAGUGGGGGGGCAGGAUGGUUACCUCCUCCCCAGCAAAGCCACUGCGUCCUUUCCAGUUUGGGGCGGAAUGAGGCCUGCUCCUCUUGUCUAUCCCCCUCCCCCCACAGCUCCCUCCCUGUGAUGGGGGGGCGGCUGAGGGGAAGCAGGGGGCACAGUCUCCCUCCACCGAGCCCCUGUACAUAACCUGGAGUGUGUUACCUUCAGACCUUUUCACUUGUACUUUAUGCAAAAUGGCUCGUGUGAGGGCUGCAAGCUGGAGGGUAGUGUGGGCCUCGGGCCACAGGGAGGCGCCUGUGGAGUAGGGGGAGUUCAUGUACCCCUUUUUUCCCCAGAGGGGCUGGACUCAGGUUAGUUUGGGGGUGGGGGCUCCUGCACUUUGCCACAGGCACGGGGAGGGUUCUCUCUCCCCACCCCCCCUGCCCUCCCAGCUUGGGUUGUACUUUCUAAGAAGGUGAUUCCCCCACCCUGUCCCCAUCCCCAGAACAAAACAUGUUGAUCAUGUGCAAUAUUUCUUACUGUGCUGAGAAGCCGCGAUGACCGAGAUUAAAGCUGUUUAACACACCUG